CAAGGGGUAACAUGGGUAACAAGGGGUAAAAGGGGUAACAAAGGGGAACAAGGGGUAAGCAGGGUAACAAGGGGUAAGAGGGGUAACAAGGGGUAACAGGGGUAACAAGGGUUAACAAGGGGUAACAAGGGGUAAGAAGAGGUGACAAGGGGUAACAAAGUGUAACAAGAGGUAACAAAGAGUAACAAGGGGUAAAAGGGGCAACAAGGGUAACAAGGGGUAACAAAGGUAACAAGGGGUAAUGGAGGAAAAGGGAUAACAAGGGGUAACAGGGGUAAAAAGGGUAAAAGGGAUAACAAGGGGUAAAAAGGGGUAAAAAGUGAUAACAAGGGAUAACAGGGGUAAAAAGGGUAACAAAGGGUAACAAGGGGUAACAGGGGUAACAAGGGGUAACAAAGGAUAAAAGGGGUAACAAGGGGUAACAAGGAGUAACAGGGGUAACAAAGAGUAAGAAGGGGUAACAGGGGUAACAGGGGUAACAAGGGGUAACAGAGGUAAAAAAGGGUAACAAGGGUAACAAGGGUAACAAGGGGUAACAGGGGUAAGAAGGGUAACACGGGGUAACUGGGGUAAGAAGGGGCAACAAGGGUAACAAGGGGUAACAAGAGGUAACAAAGGGGACCAGGGACAACAAUUGUAACAAAGGUAACAAGGGGUAAAAGGGGUAAAAAGGGUAACAGGAGUAAAAGGGGUAACAAGGGGUAAAAGGGGUAACAAGGCGUAACAAGGGGUAAAAAGUGAUAACAAGGGAUAACAAGGGUAAUAAGGGUGACAAAGGUUAACAAGGGGUAACAGGGGUAACAAAGGGUAACAGGGGUAACAAGGAUAACAAGGAGUAACAAGGGUAACAAAGGGUAACAUGGGUAAAACGGGGUAACAGGGAUAACAUGGGGUAACAAAGAGAAACAAGGGUAACAAGGGAUGACAGGGGUAACAAGGGGUAACAGGGGUAACAAGGGUAACAAGAAAUAACAUGGGGUAACAAGGGGUAACAAGGGGUAACAAAAGGGUAAGAAAGGGUAAAAGGGGUAACAAGGGUAACAAGGAGUAACAAGGGCUAACAGGGGUAAAAAGGAGUAACAGGGGUAACAAGGGGUAACAGGGGUAACAAGGGUAACAAGGGGCAACAUGGGGUAACCAGGGGUAACAAGGGGUAACAAAGGGGUAACAAAGGCUAAAAGGGGUACCAGGGGUAAAAACAGGUAACAGGGGUAACAAGGGUAAAAAGGGGUAACAGGGAUAACAAGGGUUAACAAGGGGAAACAAGGAGUAACAAGAGGUAACAAUGGGUACCAAAGGGUAACAAGAGGUAACAAAGGGUAACAGGGGGUAAAAGGGGCAACAAGGGUAACAACGGGUAACAAGGGGUAACAGCGGUAACAAAGGGUAACAAGGGGUAACAGGGGUAACAGAGAGUAACAAGGGGUAACAGGGGUAACAGGGGUAACAAGGGGUAACAAGGGUUAACAAAGGGUAAGAAGAGGUAACAAGGGGUAACAAAGUGUAACAAGAGGUAACAAAGGGUAACAAGGGGUAAAAGGGGCAACAAGGGUAACAAGGGGUAACAAGGGUAAAAAUGGUAACAAGGGUAACAAGGGGUAACAAGGGUAACAAGGGGUAAUGGAGUAACAGGGGUAAAGGGUGGUAACAGAAGGGGUAACAAGGAUAACAAGGGGUAACAGGGGUAACAAGGGGUAACAAAGGAUAACAGGGGUAACAAGGGGUAACAGGGGUAACAAGGGUAACAAAGGGUAACAAGGGGUAACAGGGGUAACAAAGGGUAACAAGGGGUAAAAGGGGUAACAGAGAGUAACAAGGGGUAACAGGGGUAACAGGGGUAACAAGGGGUAACAAGGGUAACAAAGGGUAACAAGGGUAACAGGGGUAACAAAGGGUAACAAGGGGUAACAGGGGUAACAAAGGGUAACAAGGGGUAACAGGGGUAACAGGGGUAACAAGGGGUAACAAGGGUAACAAAGGGUAACAAAGGGUAACAGGGGUAACAAGGGGUAACAGGGGUAACAAGGGUAAAAAGGGGUAACAAGGGUAACAAGGAGUAACAAGGGGUAACAGGGGUAAAAGGGGUAACAAGGGGUAACAAGGGUAACAAAGGGUAACAAAGGGUAACCGGGGUAACAAGGGGUAACAGGGGUAACAAGGGUAACAAGGGGUUACAAGAGGUAACAACGAGUAACAGGGGUAACAAAGGGUAACAAGGGGUAACAGGGGUAACAAAGGGUAACAAGGGGUAACAGGGGUAACAGGGGUAACAAGGGGUAACAAGGGGUAACAGGGGUAACAAGGGGUAACAAGGGUAACAAAGGGUAACAGGGGUAACAAGGGGUAACAGGGGUAAGAAGGGUAAGAAGGGUAACAAGGGUAACAAGGGGUAACAAGGGGUAACAAGGGGUAACAAGGGGUAACAAGGGUAAGAAGGGGUAACAAAGGGUAGCAAGGGUAACAAGGGUAACAAAGGGUAACAAGGGGCAACAAGGGUAAAAAGGGGUAACAAGGGGUAAAAAAGGGUAACAAGGGGUAACAAGGGUAACAAAGGGUAACAAGGGUAACAAGGGUAACAAGGGUAACAAGGGGUAA